GACAUUUUUAUUUUUCAGAGAAAAUGUUGAUCUUUUACCUAGCAACAUGGAUUCUCCUUCCCUGUAUCAAGGGACAAAUUUCAUUUGGAAAUUCUGAACCAACGAUUGAUGAUAAAGCCUGUACUACACCUUUUCAGAAGCCGGGUCGCUGUGUUGGUUUGAAAGAUUGUAAUAAUAUUGUUGUACUUUUAAAGCGUCCAAUCCCUGACCCAGUGUCUCAAUAUCUAAGAUCAUCUGUCUGUAGUUUUACGGGGUUUCUUCCCGAUGUUUGCUGUCCUAGUGAGAUACCAACCUUUAGCAAUAAAGUUGAUGGUGGUUGGUCUGAGUGGACAGACGUUGGAGUCUGUUCAGCUGUCUGUGGCGGAGGCACUCAAGAUCGUUCCCGGAUUUGCAACAAUCCCCCACCGAGUGGUGAGGGUGCCACCUGUCCAGGCUCAGCUGAAGAAAGUGUUCCAUGUGCUGAAGAACCAUGUGUUAAUGGCAGCUGGACGGAAUGGACUGGCUGGGGUGAGUGCACUGCCAGCUGUGGUGGUGGAACGCAUAAAAGAUCACGGACUUGUACAGCUCCUGCUCCUGGUGAGGGUGGAGCACCUUGUGAUGGUCAAUCGGAGGAAGAGGAACCUUGUGGAACAGAAGCUUGUGUGGUUCCUGUGAAUGGUGGUUGGACUGAAUGGAGUGUUUGGACUUCGUGCUCAACCACCUGUGGGUCAGGACAGGAAACAAGAACUAGGGGAUGUAAUGCCCCCCCUCCAAGUAAUGGAGGAGACCCAUGUUCUGGUGAAGCAACUGAGUCUAAAGAAUGCAAGAUUGCUGAGUGUAGAACUCCAAUAGAACUACCGGGACCAGAUGUCUGUGGAUCAAGUACAAUUGGAUCUUCAAGGAUUGUAAAUGGCAAGCCUGCAAGAUUAAACAGCUGGCCCUGGAUUGCAGCAAUAGGUUAUGAGUUGGAUCCUGGAAAGAUAGAUUAUUUGUGCGGAGGAACACUAAUAUCUUCCAGACAUGUCAUAACUGCUGGCCAUUGUAUCAGGGAUGAUCUGAAAGUUGUUCUGCUAGGGGAAUUAGAAAUUGACAAUGACAAUGAUGGCGCUUCUCCGGAAGUUGUAAAAGUUACUAAAGUCACGCUGCAUGAAAACUAUAACGGCAGGAGUUUUAACAACGACAUUGCAAUGCUAGAGCUAGAGAAGGAUGUUACUUUUAGAGCAGGGAUCAAACCGAUUUGUUUGACAACUAAUCCAGAUCUUGUGAGAAAGUUUGAUAACACCGCCGUUUUCAUUGGAGGCUGGGGGGCAGUUAACUUUAAAGGUAUUUUUUUUAUUUGUUAA